AUGUUUGGUCGUGUUUCAACGCCGACGAACAACGCAAGUCGGGGCUCAAGGCAGAGGCUCUCAGACUGUUUCACAAGCACAUCGCAAAAAACCAAUGCCCCAAGUUGGAGAUCUCUGAAUGUACUGAAACCUCUUCGCAAUCAAAGUCCAUCGAGCAAUGGCGCUGUGCAACAGCAUACCCGUGAGCUAGGGCAGGAGCCAACAACGCAAGGAAGAGGUGAACACCAGCUGAUUUCGAGGCAGACGCCCAAGGGGUAUCAAUACACAGAGCAAGCGUACCUCACGGCACGCACCAGGCGUGUGGCUCAGCACUUCCCCACCGCCUUGGGCCUUGAUGACUUUCUCAAUCGCCUUGAGAUUGCUCUGUUCGCCUAUGGAUUUACAGGGGAGAACUGCAUUGCCAUGUCCAACAUGUGCCGCGACGAGAUCAGCGCCACAUUGAAGCAGAAGCUGGACGGCGUUUUUGGCUCCUCCUUCAACACCAAUGGGCUUGGGGGUGUGCUCACCUGCGGUGUCACAGGAGUGAAGGCUGGCCUCUCACACUCACCCGUCUCUGAGGGCAGCGGGAAGGAGAGGUAUGUGUUCAUGAGCUUCCCGCACAUCAGCGUGAAUGCGGUGGGCACGGUGGGGGCCAUCAGCCGGCCGGGGCGGCCGGGGCAGUCGUGCGCGUGCGGCGCCCUCAACGGCGCCCUCACGGACCUCAAGGCCACCGGCCUCGCGGCCAACUGCAGGAAGCCUGGAGAGCACGAUGCGAUGGACCCGGAGUUCUCCAUCCUGAAGCAGCGCCUGGCGCGCCGCAUGCGCUAUGAGGGCAUGACUGACGAGGACAUCCAGGCCAUGGACCUCCUGGCGCAGAUAGCGGAGAGGACGAUCCACGACGACAUGGAGUAUCUGAUAAAGCACACGGUGGAUCCGCGCAAGGCCGACUACGCUGUCAUCAGCGGCAUCCAGAUCCACUCCUGGGGCGAGCAAUUCGACGACGCCGCGCCAAAUCUGGAGUACAUCGCGCCCUGCUCCGUCUACUGCGUCGUGGCGGGCGAGCGCACCUACCUGGACCUUUUCACCAUCCCCGGCCUCACCCCUCGCCAGAUCAGCGUCCUAUCAGCCUCCGCCUCCCCUACCGACCGCACCAAGCCCGUCGACCCCGACGAGGUAUGGCAUCAUCCCCAGUCCCUGUUUGCACCCGCAGACUGA